CAGAGAAGUUGCUGAACAGGGACAAAAGAAAAGACAACUUCCAAGCCAAGUUUUCUAAACUAUAAAGCACAUAAAGAGUUGAUAUCACAGAGAGAAGAGUAGAAGACCCACUAAUUUACAGUCAACAAAGAUUUUCUAAAAUGGCAACACCACAGGCCUUUGAUCUUCUUCCUGCAAACAAUGAAACUCAUCACCCAGCUUUCUUUAACAACAAUGGAGGUGAUGAGUUUCGAAUCAUGCUUUUAUCGGAUGCUGCAAUGGCUGAAGAAUUGCAGCUCCAAGAAGCUCUACAGGCUUCUCUUUUCACUUCAGAGUUGCCGAAUCCAUCACCAUAUGUGAAAAAUAUAGGUGAAUCUGAAUCAUCCCUCAGUUUUUGUGUGAUUUGCACGGAGAUGAUAGAAAAUGAGAAACUAAUCAAGAAUGGGGAAUGUGGUCACUGUUUUUGUUCCGAUUACUGUAUAAGCAAGUAUUUGGAGGCAAAGAUCAAAGAGGGUUUCGACACUUUUCCUUGUCCAGGCUUUGAUUGUGACUUUUUCCUAAACUUUGAUGAUUUGAAGCAUCUUCUUCCUGAGGAUGUGCAGAAUCUGUGGGCAAAAGCUGUGUCUAUGGAGGUGGCUCCAAAUUUUAGUUCAAGGAAAGAUUUAUGUGCCAGGGAGAGUACAGAAUAUGGCAGUGAAAGGACUUUCACUGCUAACACCAGUGACAAUCCAUCACAGGAUGUAAGCAUCACAGGAUGUAAGAACUGAGCAGUUCAAUCACAGUGCAACCUACACUGAUAAAUCUGCACAAGGUGAUAGCAAGUGUGUGGUUUCUCAAAGGAACUAUAAAGACGCAGCUCGAAAACAGAGAGGUAAUGCUCGGUCUACAUUGUCAACCGGAAGAGGAAAUGGAAGGCCCAAAUCAACCUACAAGUUUAUCAAGAACACGGUUCCACGAUUUUCAGACAGCCCAUUUAUGAGACCGAGACUGAAUAUGCAAACAGCUUUUGGUUCUAGUUCACGGAAAUGUUCAGGAGAUGAAAGAGAAAGAGUUGCAGCUAAUAUUCCUGAAGGUGAAGCAAGUAGUAGCAAAUGGGAAAA